CGGAGACUUUCAGAAGUGAUUCCUUUGACAAGAAAAUAACGAUAUACCACAAAUCACUCCCGAAAGGACAAGAGCAACGAACGGCUCAAUCGCCUGGUGGAGAUUUUGCCUCUUCUGUGGGACUUCCUUAAUUCCUACUCCUCGCGCGCUCCUUUUAUCUGAGAACUAGAGAGAUUACUGAAAGAAAAAAAACAACAGUAGGCUAGAGGAAGAAAGAACACUUGUUUGAUUGGUUGAUGCCUGUUUGUCUUCUCUAAAAUAUUGUCCUUUCUUUUUAAGUGACGUUUAAUGACUUCUGGCAGCGCUCCUUGAACCAGAAGAGACCCAGCGCUUCUCAUCCUCUUGGCUCCCCCUCGUCACUUUCACCUGAUGGUCCAGGAACACGUAUCUUCUUCACAAGAGUUGUUGACGCACAGGUCACUGAUCCCUGGAUGUUGACAGCUCCUUUUCCCAGUCCACGAGCAGACCCUAAUAUCGUUCAUAUUUCUCUCGCUCUCUCGUUACUGAGAGAAAACUAAAAAAUAAGUGAUAAACAUUACGCCUAACCAUCUCUAUCGCCGUCUGUGUGAUCAAAAGCCACGGGGAAGGAAGGAAAAGGAAACGAUAGAGAGAGGGGGCGAGAGGGAAAUAGUGAGUGACGGGAGGAGGAACCGUGAGUUUUGAUGUUUGGGAUCCAGGAGAACAUCCAGAGGAGCGGAAGUAUUAUGAAAGAAGAGCCCAUGGUGGCCGGGAUGAACGCUGUUCGGAGCUGGAUGCAGGGCGCCGGGCUGCUGGACGUCAGCACAGCCGCCCAGAGCGGCGUGGCUCUGGCCCGGGCACAUUUCGAGAAGCAACCGCCCUCCAACCUCCGCAAGUCCAACUUCUUCCACUUUGUGCUGGCUCUGUACGACAGACAAGGCCAGCCGGUGGAGAUCGAGAGAACCAGCUUCGUUGGAUUUGUUGAAAAGGAAAAAGAAACGCCAGGGGAAAAAACCAACAAUGGGAUACAGUACAGGUUACAGCUCCUAUACAGCAAUGGUAUCAGGACAGAACAGGACUUUUACGUGCGCCUCAUCGAUUCCAUGACCAAACAGGCGAUCAUCUAUGAGGGACAGGAUAAGAACCCUGAGAUGUGCCGGGUUCUACUGACUCACGAGAUUAUGUGCAGUCGGUGUUGUGAUAAGAAGAGCUGUGGCAACAGAAACGAGACGCCCUCUGACCCCGUCAUCAUUGACAGGUUCUUCCUCAAGUUCUUCCUGAAAUGCAACCAGAACUGUCUGAAAAAUGCAGGGAACCCACGAGACAUGAGACGCUUUCAGGUGGUGGUGUCUACCACGGUGAGUGUGGACGGACAUGUCCUCUCUGUGUCUGACAACAUGUUUGUCCACAACAACUCUAAACACGGUCGCCGGGCCAGGAGACAAGACCCUUCAGAAGGAACACCCUCGUACCUGGAGCAUGCCACCCCUUCUAUCAAGGCCAUCAGCCCCAGUGAGGGCUGGACUACAGGCGGGGCGACAGUCAUUAUCAUUGGAGAAAACUUCUUUGAUGGACUUCAGGUCAUAUUUGGUACCAUGCUGGUCUGGAGUGAGCUCAUCACAGCCCACGCCAUCCGGGUGCAGACUCCCCCAAGACACAUCCCUGGGGUUGUAGAGGUCACUCUGUCAUACAAGUCUAAACAGUUCUGCAAGGGCACACCUGGACGCUUCAUAUACACAGCGUUGAAUGAGCCCACUAUAGAUUACGGCUUCCAGAGGCUGCAGAAGGUCAUCCCCAGACAUCCAGGAGACCAGGAGAGACUACCUAAGGAAGUCAUUCUAAAGAGAGCGGCAGACUUGGUAGAAGCGCUGUACGGGAUGCCACACAACAACCAGGAGAUGAUUCUGAAGCGGGCAGCAGACAUGGCAGAGGCGUUGUACACAACGUUGCCACGCAGCCACAACCAGCUGACUGGGAUGGGCAGCGGCUCCGUCCACGCCGGCAUGAUGGGCGUCAACUCCUUCCCCGGGUCAGAGGUCACACAGAUAGCCAAUCAGGGUUACAGUAGGAGUAGCAGCAGUGCAUCUCCUCAUGGUUAUGUCCCCAGCACCACUCCACAGCAGACCAGCUACAGCUCUGUUUCCACUAGCAUGAACGGCUACACUAAUUCUGGAAUGACCACACUAGGCACCUCACCCAACUUCCUCAACGGGUCAGCCACCAACUCACCCUAUGCUAUCGUUCCCUCCAGUCCCACCAUGGCCUCCACCACCAAUCUUUCAUCCAACUGCAGUAGUUCUUCAGGCAUCUUCUCCUUCUCUCCGGCCAACAUGGUGUCUGCUGCGGUCAAACAGAAGAGUGCCUUCGCCCCCGUUGUACGGCCGCAGACCUCCCCUCCACUCACCUGCACCAGCGCUAUUGCUAACGGACUGCAAGAUCAGUCUUUUGUGGACUCUAGCAAGUACUCCUCCUCCAGCUCUCUUCAGGGUCUGGCCUUCUCCUGAAUGAAUCCGGGAUGAUUGUUCCAUGAAGAUCUGUGAACGUUGAGGAUUUGGGAAUGUUGACAGGAAGAGAACAUGUCUGAUGUGUCUCUGUGUCACACUCCUACCCUCUGGACCGGAAUAGAAUACUGAACUCAAAAUGGAAGCCUUGUUAAACUCAGGCCUUUGUAGAAGGAAUCUCAUUGGAAGGAAGAAGGAUGAAGAAGAGGAUGACAAUAACAUUUUUUGAUGUAAUUUCCUAUCCCGGUGAAUUUGUAAACCUUCUGAGACGCAACAUGGAGUCAAAUAAUAAAGUUAUUUAAAAUCGA